AUGGGUAACUUUAGAUUUCCUGUAAAGACGAAACUUCCUCCUUGGUUCUUAAAUGCUAGAAUCAUUAGAGAUAAUUUUAAGAGACAACAAGCAGCUGAGAAUGAAGUCACUGUGAAAGCAUUAAAAUAUAUUGCCAGAAAUACUGUCCUACCACCAAAGACCCGUUUGCAGGCCCAAUUACAAUUGAACAUCAUGCCUAAAUAUACCAAAAUGACUCAAGUGAAGAACAGAUGUAUUGCAUCUGGUACAGCCAGGGCUGUGAUAAGUGAUUUCAGACUAUGUAGAACUCAAUUCAGAGAAAAGGCUCGUGCCGGUGAGUUACCUGGUGUUAAGAAGGGUGUGUGGUAG